AUGGAAAUUGAUGGUCAUGUAAUACAACAAGUACUGAAAUUUAGAUAUUUAGGAAUAGACAUAACGAGCUAUGGAGAUGUCGAGAAUGAAGUGCGACAGCAGGUCGUCAAAACAAACAAAGUAGCAGGAUGCCUCAACAGCACUAUUUGGGUAGAUAAACAUCUCACAAAAGAAACAAAAAGCAGAAUAUAUGAAACAACAAUUAGUCUUAUAAUGACAUACACUGCAAAGACAAGAACCGAUGCAACUAAGACAAAAAUACUAUUAGAGAUAACAGAAAUGAAAGUACUCAGGAAAAUAGCAGGGAAAAUAACACUUUUAGAUAGAGAAAGUAGUGAAAACAAGAAUGGAAUAGUCACAUUAGCAGAAUGA